UUCGCGGCUCGACAGACGGAAGUUGUCAUUGACACAGAAGCGACGGACGUCUUCUCGGUUUCUCCCAGAAACCAGUGAGUCGAGCGGGUAACGAGUCCGAACACUGUCCGGGGUUCGAGUCCCGACAUCCGGAGCCGCAGACAUGACGCAGGACAAUAUUUUCCUCUUCGUCCCCAAUUUAAUCGGCUAUGCCCGUGUGGUGCUGGCUCUCCUGUCCUUCUACCUGAUGCCCAUCAGUCCGUGGCCGGCGAUCUUCUGUUACCUGCUCAGUGCUCUGCUCGAUGCUUUCGAUGGCCACGCCGCUCGGGCUCUAAAUCAGUGCACAAAGUUUGGAGCCAUGUUGGACAUGUUGACGGACCGCUGUGCCACCAUGUGUCUGCUGGUCAACCUGUCCCUGCUCUACCCGUCCUACACCUUCCUGUUCCAGAUCAGCAUGUGUCUGGACAUCUCCAGCCACUGGCUGCACCUGCACAGCUCGACCAUAAAGGGAUCCACCAGCCACAAGACCAUCGACCUCUCAGGGAACCCCCUCCUGCGGAUCUACUACACCUCCAAGCCGGUGCUGUUUGUGAUGUGCCUUGGGAACGAGCUCUUCUUCUGCCUGCUCUACAUUCUUCAUCACAUCUCAGAACCUGCUGCAUGGUUCUACUGGCUGCAGGGACUCUGUGGGACCAUCUGCCUGCUGAAGUCCGGCAUCAGCCUCGUGCACCUCAUCACCGCCUCCCAGAACAUGGUCGCCCUGGACGCCGCCGAGCGAGAGGAGAGCACGAAGCUGCAGUGAGCGAGAGGCCGAGAGUUCAGCAACAAGUCCACCGCCACGGUUUAAUGUAUUACUGUUAUUGUUAUUGAGUUCAAAGGGGAACAGGAGACUCGUGGACUGUUGAUGUGGAACACUUGAAAAGUUUAUCAGACGAUCAUCAGAGAGAUUUUUAUUUUUAUGACCAAAUAUUACAACAUGAGAAAUUCCAGAUCCAGGCAGGAGAGAGGCUGACGGCUUUUAUUUGAUUAUUGACUUUCUACAGACAAACCAGAAUCAGGCUCCGCCCACAAUGAUGAGUUUCCGUAAAUUAAAACGCAUCCCUGUUGCUAUGGUUACGGCCGGCGGAGUUUUCCAGCCUCUGAACCAGAGACUUGUGUGAACUGGUCUUGUUUUAGUUUGAGAACUCUGGGUUCGUGUUUUAGAGACUUUAGUAAACGAUGACGCAGACGUUCUCUUCCUGAUUGGUUCCCAUCAGUCACAUGACUCGACUACCGGCGGUGAACACAAACACUUCCACCUCGUCGUCGCUGCUCUGACUUUUCACCAUCACUGCUCCUCCUUCAGAGGAUUUUCCGUUACUAAGCAACCAACCACAGAGACAAUCUACUUCCUGUUUACAUCACAUGGCCAGUGUACAUGUGUGUUAGUGUGGGGGGGGGAUUAUUACUGACACAUACACUGAUUUAGUGUUAAAACUAAAACAUGUCAGUGUGGGCGGAGCCUGUCAGUGUUUUCUUCUCCGAUUCAUUAGUGUAAAUUGUAACAUUUUGUUAACGUGGCCUAACUGUCACUCACAUUGUUCAUUAUGCUGCUUCGGUUUCAUUUUGAAAAUGAGACGCAUCAGAAAAAAAAUAUCAGAUUUACUCAGAAGCAGAAUUCAUAAAUGUUUCCUGUCAACAGAAAGUAAAACAGCAAUAUCACUGCUAAGUGGGAGGCGGCCCCACAGCUCACUCAGAUUCACAGCAGAUACAUUAUCAGACCCUGACAUUUACUACUUUCUAAUCUGCUUUAAUAUUCUGAAUGCAUCGUUCAUUCAUGUUUUACAGAUCCGUUAAAAACGCUCUUACAUGUCUGUUCAAACUUCAAAGUGCAGGAGAAUCGAAUCCUUCAGUCCACUACAGAAACUAUGAAAACGGAACAAAUAUCAGUGUUCGAUGUUUCUCUUUCUCUGUGAUAUGAAAGUAUUUGUGUUUGAGACAAAGUCAUUAAUAAACACAGGUUCGAUUCCUCGUAGCUUUUCUCCAGAAUCUCUCAGUUGAACCAGACGUAACCUGACGACCCUGAAAUCGCUCUUCUAACAGACCUGGGAACUGUUCCUACAAUAUUUUCUCACCUGUAUCAAGACCAUAAGUUACAAAGUGGCCCUUAAACAACCGUCGACUCCUGUAAAUAAAAAACUCCUCCUUUAUUUCCCUGUUUGUUUCACUUUUAUUCUUAAUUUUCUGUAACUUAGACCAAAAACCUGACGCCGUCUCCCUUGGACAUCAAACCAAAAUAAAAGCUCUUUGUUUCACAGGAAACGUGUUCAUGCUUCAAAAUGCCUCUUGUGAGCUCCGGGCCUCAGUUUUCAAUGUUGGAUGGUGAUUAAGUGAUGAUUGUUGCAUUUUGAUCACUUGGUGCUUUUUAUUUCUAAUGUUCUUCACUUGUUUGUUAUGUUCAGUUGAUUUAGACCCAGAGUUAUGCAGGUCAUAAGUUCCACCUCGCGUGAGGAGCACCAAGUGUCCGUGUGUGUUUCAAUCCUCAAUGUGUUCAAUUCUAAAUAUCUGCCUCUUGUUUUUCAUGAAACUUCUAGAAUGUGUGCUUCUAAGAUACAACUACAUGAACAUCAAAGCCUAUGUUAUAUUUAAAAUAUUUUAAUUGUAGUAAUACAAGUAUUUGAUGGAUAUUGAGUUUGAGGUGCAGGUCGUUUGAAUUCACUGUAAAAGCAGCUACAAAAUAAAGACAAUGAAAAU